GCAAGAGCUUCAACCGCCACCUCCACUUCACCCUCGUCAAGGACCGCAAUGUCGCCACCCCCCGCGACUACUACUUCGCGCUGGCCCACACGGUGCGCGAUCACCUGGUGGGGCGCUGGAUCCGCACCCAGCAGCACUACUACGAGCGGGACCCCAAGCGCAUUUACUACCUGUCCCUGGAGUUCUACAUGGGCCGCACUCUGCAGAACACCAUGGUGAACCUGGGCCUGCAGAACGCUUGCGAUGAAGCCAUUUACCAGCUGGGUUUGGACUUGGAGGAGCUGGAAGAAAUCGAAGAAGAUGCUGGACUGGGAAAUGGAGGCCUGGGCCGCCUGGCAGCUUGCUUCCUGGACUCCAUGGCCACGCUGGGGCUGGCGGCAUACGGUUACGGCAUCCGCUACGAGUUCGGUAUCUUCAAUCAGAAGAUUGUCGACGGCUGGCAGGUGGAGGAGGCCGAUGACUGGCUACGCUACGGCAAUCCCUGGGAGAAAGCUCGCCCAGAGUACAUGCUCCCCGUGCACUUCUAUGGCCGUGUGGAAAACACCCCUGAGGGUGUGAAGUGGAUUGACACCCAGGUUGUCCUUGCUAUGCCUUACGACACGCCAGUGCCAGGAUACAAGAACAACACUGUAAACACCAUGAGGCUGUGGUCUGCAAAAGCGCCCAAUGACUUCAACCUCCAAGAGUUCAAUGUGGGUGACUACAUCGAGGCGGUGUUGGACAGAAACCUGGCAGAAAACAUAUCCAGAGUCCUGUACCCAAAUGACAAUUUCUUUGAAGGCAAGGAGCUGCGGCUGAAACAGGAGUACUUUGUGGUGGCUGCUACCCUCCAAGACAUCAUCCGGCGCUUUAAGUCCUCCAAAUUUGGCUGUCGAGACCCUGUGAGAACAUGCUUUGAAACCUUCCCAGACAAGGUAGCUAUUCAGCUAAAUGACACCCACCCUGCCCUGUCCAUCCCAGAGCUCAUGCGGAUCCUGGUGGAUGUGGAGAAAGUGGAUUGGGACAAGGCCUGGGAGAUCACAAAACGGACCUGUGCCUACACCAACCACACUGUGCUGCCUGAAGCCCUGGAGCGCUGGCCAGUCUCCAUGUUUGAAAAGCUGCUGCCACGUCACCUAGAGAUCAUUUACGCCCUCAACCAAAUGCAUCUGGACCGGGUGGCAGCUCUCUACCCAGGGGACAUUGACCGUCUCCGGAGGAUGUCAGUGAUCGAGGAAGGAGAUUGCAAACGUAUUAACAUGGCACACCUCUGUGUGAUUGGCUCCCAUGCAGUGAACGGUGUGGCCCGCAUCCACUCCGACAUUGUGAAGAACUCAGUGUUCAAGGAUUUCUAUGAGCUGGAGCCAGAGAAGUUUCAGAACAAGACAAAUGGGAUCACACCGAGACGCUGGCUCCUGCUGUGCAACCCGGGACUGGCCGACGUUAUUGCUGAGAAAAUCGGGGAAGGCUUUAUCACAGAUCUGAGCCAGCUGAAGAAGCUAUUGGAUUUCAUCGAUAAUGAGACUUUUAUCAGGGAUGUGGCAAAAGUCAAACAGGAGAACAAGCUGAAGUUUGCAGCCUACUUGGAGGAGCAGUACAAGGUCAAGAUCAACCCUUCAUCCAUGUUCGAUGUUCAGGUCAAGCGAAUCCAUGAGUACAAGCGGCAACUGCUGAACUGCCUGCAUGCUAUCACCCUCUACAACCGCAUCAGAAGCAAUCCAUCCAACUCCUUUGUGUCCAGGACUAUUAUGAUCGGAGGAAAGGCGGCCCCUGGCUACCACAUGGCCAAGAUGAUCAUCAAACUCAUCACGUCCAUCGGUGAGGUCAUCAACAACGAUCCCUAUGUGGGGGACAGGCUCAAGGUCAUCUUCCUGGAGAACUAUCGGGUAUCCUUGGCUGAGAAGGUGAUCCCGGCAGCGGAUCUCUCCCAGCAGAUCUCCACAGCCGGCACGGAGGCCUCGGGUACUGGCAACAUGAAGUUCAUGGUGAAUGGGGCCCUCACCAUUGGUACCAUGGAUGGGGCCAAUGUGGAAAUGGCUGAGGAGGCAGGCGAAGAAAACCUCUUCAUCUUUGGCAUGCGGGUGGAGGACGUGGAGGCCCUAGAUCGCCAAGGGUAUAACGCACGGGAGUACUACGAGCGCCUGCCAGAACUGCGACAGGCUAUCGACCAGAUCAGCAGUGGUUUUUUCUCCCCUCGAGACCCCGGUUGCUUCAGGGACGUUGUGAACAUGCUCAUGUACCAUGACAGGUUUAAGGUGUUUGCCGACUAUGAGGCCUACAUUAAAUGCCAAGGCCAAGUGGACCAGCUGUUCAUGGACCCCCGGGAGUGGACUAAGAAAGUCAUCAGGAACAUUGCAUGCUCGGGCAAGUUCUCCAGUGACAGGACCAUCAUGGAGUACGCCUGGGAGAUCUGGGGUGUGGAGCCAUCUGCCACAAAAAUGCCCCCACCCAACCUCCCCCGGGAUUGAUGCAAGCACAGAGGGAAGGAAGGAGGGAUGGGUUCCCAGCCCAAGAGGCUUUACCUGCAUUUCACCGCCAGUCAUACGGGCUCGGCUCUGCAGAAACAAGGCCCUUCCCUCAGAGGAGUAGAAGGAUGCUCUGAGGAGGACCCCUGACUGAGGAACAGGAGCUGGGGGAGAGGAAAAAGGACCCUGUGUUUGUACCCACAUAUCCAGCCUGCAUGUGCUGCAUAGUGCUUUUAGUGAGAUGAACCACGGAUAAGUCUUCCACAGCUGUGCUCCAUGCUUAACAAGGGCUUUCCAACUAAAUCCUCCCCUCUCCCCCUGCAUGCAGCCUGGCCUGGCCUCCCUG